AAAAAAAAUCUGGUAGCCAUAAAUUUCAGCUUGCUAGCCACCAACAGCUGUCAGUACACUUGAGGAAAACCAUCCAUGUCAAGACACAAAGAAGAUAUUCGAAGUCUUGUGCUGCUUCUGUGUACAUAUAGGGGCACACCAGCCUGCCUGCCAGCAUACUGUGAAUCGAUCCAGCUGGCUCAGUGACUAGACCAGAGGACCUUGGCACCAUUGUGUGCCAGUUGAUUUGAAGACCCAGGGACUUCAGAAUCCAGAAGAUGAACGGUCUGUCCAUACGAGAGCUAUGCUGUCUGUUCUGCUGCCCCCCUUGCCCCAGCCGCAUUGCAGCCAAACUGGCUUUCCUCCCUCCAGAACCCACCUACGCCCUUCUCCCUGACCCAGAUCCAGGUUCUGGAGCUGGACCUGCAUCUGUGUCCGGCUCAGGGGCUGCCCCGCCUUCAAUUGGAGCUCCAGGACUACGUUCCCGGUUGGGUGCUGGUAGUGGAGGUGACAGAGGAGGCGGAGGCGGAGGUGGUGGUGGCGGCGGUGGUGGUGGUGGUGCUGGUGGCAGCGGAGGAGGAGGAGGAGGAGGAACUAGCGCCGGCGGCAGUGGUGGCAGUAGUGUAAGCGAGGGCAGGUGGAAGCUGCAUCUCACAGAGAGAGCAGAGUUCCAGUAUUCACAGAGAGAGUUGGAUGUGACUGAUGUAUUCCUGACCAGGUCUAGCCGAGGGAACAGGGUUGGAUGCAUGUACAUUCGCUGUGCCCCCAAUGCCAGGUUCACAGUGUUGUUUUCCCACGGUAAUGCAGUAGACCUGGGCCAGAUGAGCAGCUUCUACAUCGGCUUAGGCACACGCAUCAACUGCAACAUCUUCUCAUAUGAUUACUCAGGCUAUGGUGUUAGCACUGGCAAGCCGUCUGAGAAGAACCUUUACGCUGACAUUGAUGCUGCCUGGCAUGCCUUGCGCUCUCGGUACGGCAUCAGCCCUGAAAAUAUCAUCCUGUAUGGGCAGAGCAUCGGCACAGUCCCCACAGUAGACUUGGCAUCACGGUUUGAGUGUGCUGCUGUGGUCCUUCACUCUCCUCUCACCUCUGGCAUGAGAGUAGCUUUCCCUGACACCAAGAAAACAUACUGCUUUGAUGCUUUCCCUAACAUAGAGAAGGUAUCAAAGAUCCCGUCUCCGGUGCUCAUCAUCCACGGUACAGAGGACGAGGUGAUCGACUUCUCUCAUGGCCUCGCCCUGUUCGAGCGCUGUCCCAAGGCCGUGGAGCCCCUCUGGGUGGAGGGAGCAGGUCACAACGAUAUUGAGCUUUACAGUCAGUACCUGGAGAGGCUACGGCGCUUCAUCAACCAGGACCUGGCUGCACAGCAUGCCUGAGAAACAAACAACAGCCUCUCUGCGUUUGUACGAAUGAGAUCAUGUGUGUGUGCGCGCGUGUGUGAGAAAGAGGGCGUCAGCAUGUUUGCAAAGUAUGGAUGAGAACUAGACCUAAAAAGGUCACAUGUCACAUCUGUGUGUCUUUGAAGCAGCACACCUUUAUGUUAAUUUUCAAACAAUGAACUGUUUUCAAGCUGACAACGGUUUUUAAUAUAUCAUUAUCUAUAUCCAUCUGUACGGUGGAGUGUGGUUAAAUGCUACAGACAAGAACUGAGAUGAAAUGACUUCACUAAUGCGGUUUGGGUGUAUGCGUGUAUCAAAAAGUAACAAGAAUGUGCUUUGUCUAAAAAGGCACACAGGUGUCAUUUGUAAGUGUGACAUGUUGAUGAAUGUGUGCAGUUUUGGAUGAAAGUGUUGAGUGUAUACUCAUAACUUCAUGGACCUGUGACACCUUAAUAAUGCGUGCACAUGUUUGUGUGUGUGUGUGUGAGUGAGUGAGUGAGGCGGUGCUGCAAGAAAUGAAGGACAUCCUGUUGACUUGGACAGCUGCAAGUUCAGGAGGCAUAUGGAGACUUAUCAAUAUUGAUGUUUUGUUUUUUUAAUUUUAAUUUUUAUGUGUGUAUGAAGAAUACCUCCACAGUUUGACCAACUCUCUUCAGUGGACAAACACUGGUCAAACAUGUGCCCCCCUCCCCUUUCCCCCCAACUCCCUGUUUACCUAUUAAUGGACAACCAUUUGACUGCCAGGGGAUUUCCCAAGUUGUUGUCCAACUAACACUAACCUACCCUCUGUGUGGUUUUGGGGUCCAUCUCCUUUCCUUUUGGUGUCAGUUAAAGUGGAUACACGAGGACUAGUCUGGAAUACUAUUGUAGUAGCUUGUAUGGCUGUUGGGUGUUUCCCACUUUCCCUCAUUUUUAACUCUGAAAAGAUCACAGGAUGGCCAGCUUCCACUUUUUUCCCCCCUGGCUGUGCUGUAGCUUUUGCCUUUCUAUCGUUCACAGAAUUGCAUCAGCAGCUUACAGGGAAUGAUUUUGAUCGCCCUGUAUUGUUUUUUCCCCACUCAGCCGAACAGAGAUGGCUGAAACAGUAGUGUGGAAACAGAUAGAAAUGGAAACCGGUUCUUGAGAGCCACACUGAAGGUAUCUCUGUUUAUGUGGAUUUUUUUAAGGCAUCAAUCAACUACAGAUGUGUAGGUUUAUUUAGUCAUUUUCGUGUCACACAAAGUAGUUUGGCUCUAAACUGAAGGGGAUACUUGGACAGACUGCACUUGCUCGGUAACAGCAGGAAUAAGUCAGAUUAAGUCUGAACUGUAGUUUGAGAUCUGUUAAUAUGUUGUAGUCUCUUCUUGUGAACAGACCCAUGUGGAGUUUAAUGCUUUAGUUGGAUUUGAUGUCUUUUUUUUUUUCUUACAAAAAAAAAGAGCUGCUCAGUUCACCAAAUGAAUGAGGACUGUGUCCAUUUUGUUGAGAGUAAAAAUAAUGCUGAUGAACUCGUAGUCUUAUAGCACAGUUUGUUUUCCAAGUCUUGUUCCAGUAGCACUCAUCACCCAGGUUAGACAGCCUCCUGUUCAUAUUCACCUUCAGCACAUUUUUCUUAACGUUUUUGUCUCGAUGUAAUUAAUCAGAACGUGUUUCUUGUAGUGUAGGGCCAUGGAUCAUUUGUUUCUGAACCAUGACUAACAAUGUGAUUUUGAUGGGGUGCCAGGACGGGACAUCAUGCCUACUAGCUCUGUUUAACCUCUGUGGCCCUAAUGUAAGGGAGCUCUCUUAUGGGUGGCAGCAUGCUUUAUGUCUGACACAAGCCAUAUUUGAGCCUCUCACUGUUGGUGUGGUGCAGGUUCCACCACACACACACACCUUUUUUUUUUUUUGCACAUCAUCACACGCAUACACACACACUUUGAAACACAACAUACACAUGCAUACACACAUCACACGUACUGUAGUACACAGUAUAUUUACACAUUUAUAUAUAUCAGAUCAAGCAUGACAAAAGCAGGUCUUAAGUUCAGCACUAUUGUACAAAGCAUCCAAAUGUGUAAUAAGGGUAUAAAAUGUAAGUUUGUGUGUCGUCUUCAUUACUGUUGACUGUCUUCAACAGGCCAGCAUCAAGGAUACUAGCAUCCCGUUCUCAAACAAAACUAAUAAGAACUGUGUGUAGACCUGGCAAAAGUACACAAACUGGUUUUAUGGAUCCAGGCUAGCACUACAUUACCUUGCAACCUUGUCCAGCUCAUUCAGAUCUACACAGUGUCCUCUGUGCAGGAGACCCAUCAGGUUCAGUGGUAGUAGCUGCAUUUUGUUAAAGGGAAACAUGUGCUCAUCUAGCACUGGUCUGAUUACUCCAUUUUUGGGAGUACAAGUGGGUCUUAGUUAACAGUGGAAAGGUUAUCCAACAUCAUUCGCUGCCCGUCAUCGUUUCAAACAGGGAAUCUCUUCAUUCUCAUCCUGUGCUUUGUGUCUCUGAUAUUUAAAUAAUAGAAAUCUGUUACCAUCUUGAACCAGGGAUCUGAGCUGUCAGAAGAAUUAGAGAGAAUUAUCGCCUCUCUCUGAAAACAGAUAAAGGCCUCAGUUUUUUUCCUGGACAGGUCGUGUUAUCAGGGAAACCACUGGAUCCACCUCUCUUGUGGUUUGGUUAAAGAAAGGGGGUGUAAACUCGCUGUUUUAUCGAUGCACCACUAUGGUAUAUUGUAUCCUCUGGCCCUGAAUGUUUA